AUGGGCUAUUUGCACGAAGGCCAUGUGUCCCUCGUGCGCCGUGCCCGUGCCGAAAACGCCACGGCCGCCGUCAGUAUCUUCGUAAACCCCACACAGUUCGGUCCCAACGAAGAUUUCACAACCUAUCCCCGCGACAUGGACUCCGACCUCGCCAAACUCGAAGGCGCGGGCGUUGACUUGGUUCUAGCGCCGCCGGUGGAAGAGGUCUAUCCGCCAAACUUUAACACGCACGUCGAUGUCGGGCGUAUCGGCGAGCGUCUCGAAGGCGAGCACCGCGCAGGACACUUUCACGGCGUCGCCACCGUCGUCUGCAAGCUGCUGACUAUCGUCCGCCCCGACAGAGCGUACUUCGGCCAGAAAGACGCACAGCAGUGCCUGGUCGUUAAACGCCUCAACGAAGACCUGAACCUUGGCGCGGAAAUCGUUGUCUGCCCCACCAUCCGCGACCCCGACGGCCUAGCCCUCAGCAGCCGCAACGUCUAUCUUGACGCCGUCGAGCGCGAAGCGGCACUUUCGUUAUUUCGCUCACUCCAACUUGCCAAGGAACUGCAUCAGGCCGGAGAAACUGACGCCGCUGAGAUUCGAAGCCGAAUUCGCCGCCUCAUCAACGAACAGCCUCUCGCUGCCAUCGACUACAUCAGCGUAGCCGACGCCGAAAACCUGAACGAACUUGAAACAAUCACAGACUGCGUCAUCCUCGCCGUGGAAAUGCUCUCGCCCGGCAAGUUCGACAUCGUCCUGUCCGGAAUCAACGAAGGCUCGAAUCUCGGCAUGGACAUUCUGGUUUCCGGCACGGUCGGCGCGGCAAUUCAGGGCUACUACCGCGAGAUGCACUCCAUUGCAAUGUCAGUCGCAUCCAUCACAAACCUGCAAUACGACGCCGCGGCCAGCGCCGCAGCCUCACUUGUGAAAACCAUCGCUGCAAACAAGGACUUGCCGCCCCUUUUCCUCAAUGUUAAUCUGCCCAACGCAGGCGCAGACAAAAUAAAGGGAGCAUCGAUGACCAGGCUCGGACCCCGGCUAUAUCUGGAAAACGUCGAGCGCGGCACCAACGGACGCAGGACGCACUACUGGAUAAAGCACAACAAGCUGACGAAUCGGCCCGUCGGCGAGGACACCGACAUCUUUGCUGUGCGCAACAACCGCAUCGCCAUCACCGCCCUCAACGGCGUCUUCGAGCCUGAUUUCGAGUCGCCGGACUUGCAGCCGCUCGCCGAUGGCGUGAUGAGCGCCCUCGGACAUACCAAUGGCGUAGUUCCAAUCUAA